AUGAAUAAAUAGAGACGUUAGAAAAUAUUACCAAUACAAUAGAUUUAGGCCAAACUGAAAUAGCUGAAACAGAGUAUAAGAGCUAGUGAAAUCAAGUCUUUGAGAUCAUCUUGUCUAUUCACUGAAACUACUCCGAAUGAAAAAUUCGAUAUUAUGAAACCCAAGUAGAAUCAUAAUAGCAGUGUAGAUGGGAGGACUAUGUACAUUAAGCCCACCUUCAAGAAAAAGAUGAAAACUACUAAAAGGUAAUUGAAAAUAUAACAGAAGUCCUCAAUCAAUGAAGGCUAAAACAAGCUCCAUUAUAACUCAAUCGAAAACUACUGUAUCACCCCAAAAACAUAUCAAAGAUAUAUUGCAAAGUUACAUCAAGAGCAAAUUCCCUAAAAGUAGAACUACUUCCAAAUCGAAAUCACCUUAAAAGUUAAAAAAAGUCUAAAGUCCCCAAUAAAGGCAGAUUAGAAGUUAAAGCAAGAAGAAAUAAAAAUAGAAGCAGAAAACAACAGUUAGUCCACAAAUGAAGAAAUCUAAGAAACAGAAAACGUAGGUGCAGUAUUAUCAACCUUAAAUAAGUAAGAUCAGUUCUAUCAGAUUGAACACCUUCUCGGUGAGUGAGGAUCCUCAGAAAAUGUUAUUGAAUUCAAUUAUUGAAGAAUUGCAGUUGAUGAAUGAGAAACAAAUGAUUGAAUUAUAAUAGUUUCUGAGAAAUAUCAAAUAAGAAAAGAAAGAUGAAGCCCUACAAACAAGUAUACAUGAAAAAUUUGAUAUGCAAAAGUAACAUUAGUAAUCCGCAUUUCAAGAGAGUCUCCCUUUAAAUAUCAUUAAUGAGAUAUGCCAUCAAAGGGAAGAAGGCAUCAAACUUAGAGUCAAUAUGCAAAUGGAUGCUUUUAACAAUCUACUCUAAUAACAAAAGAUCUCCCCUAGAUCUUUUAAUAAUAAUAAUUAAGUACUUCAAUAAUGGCAAAACCAAUAAACUCAGAAAUUGUAUCAGUAUCAAGAACAACUCAAGAAUAUACAGAAUGUCACCAACAAAAUAUAGUCAAAAACCUAAAAGGACUUGCAAUGCAUCUAAGAAUUAUAAUUAAACAAAUCCAUCGUCAUCUAAUAGUUAUGUACUAUCAUCAAUAUAAUUUAGAGCAAAUUUCUUUCGAGUCUAGCUAUUUAGAUUAAUCAGAUCUUUAAUUAAGCACCCCAAAGUAUCAGAAGAAUAUCAACUUCAAGAGGAAGGACAUUAUUAUUGAUGUUGACUUUUAACCAUAGCAAAAUGAAGUUGAAAUUCAAACCAAUGUUGGAACCAUCAGUCUAUUCGUGGAACUCCUAUGUUAAUAUAUUAUUGGUAUGAAAAUUAAGAUUUAAAUUAGAAACCAACUUGAAUUCGUUCAUUAAGAGAAUGAACUAUCCUUAUGGUUUAUAGCCUUUCAGUAAACUACGACAAAUUCAUGGAUAUGAAGUAAUUGAGGAUGACAAAUAUCGCUACCCUAUAUAAGAAUACAUCUUCACCGAAUUAUAAGUAUGAUAUUAUCAUAGAAUAAGCAAAAUAGUUCCUUGUAUGAAAAGAUUCAUAAUAGAGCGAUAUUUGACACCUUCAAUGAAAUUCUGAAUUAAUAUCGUCCAUUUUAUUACUGCAAUGGCUAGCCAUACCCCUGGGAAUACAAUAGGAAUCUUGUUGUCGUCCUAUAUAACAAUGAGAAUAUUCAUCUUUUGUUAGAGAAAGCAAAGGAGAAACUAAUAUUUUAUGCGUCAGUUUUAUGUGGAUUAAUUAAUGAUGAUGAAGACAACGCUGAAUAAUUUUUAAAUUACGAGUAGGUCUUGUAGAACUUGGUCAAUUCUGAUUAUUUGUCUCAAUUACGAAACGAAAGAUUAUAGUUAUGUAUAAAUAAUGAAGUAAUUGUUAAUAAUAUAUUUUUGUAGUUACAAGAGUAUGAGUACAUGUGGUCGUAUACGGAUACUACGGAAACCAUAGUUGAAAUAACAGAUCACAUUUUCGAAGAUUUAAUAAAUGAAUUAACACUUGAAUUAUUAUGA